AUGUCCCAGUGGAGGCACCAGUCAAGGACUGGGUGUCAACUACUUCUGACUGCUAAGAGUGGGAGCAGGAUGAUGGGAUACAAAAGCCUUGAAGGUUCUUUGCUUAGCGGCCGGUGGGUGUCCUCUCUAAUAUGGCUUGGACUGCUGCUGCUACAGACGUCUCUGGCUGAGAAACUUGACGAAAACGACCCAGUUGUCACAACCGUGUACGGCAGGCUGCGCGGUGUCAAGAAGGAGCUUAACAACGAGAUCCUCGGCCCUGUCGUGCAGUUUCUAGGAGUCCCGUACGCUUCUCCGCCCACCGGCGAGCGCCGCUUUCAGCCCCCUGAGCCGCCGGCGUCGUGGCCGGAGAUCCGCAACGCCACACACUUUGCCCCGGUGUGCCCUCAGAGCAUCGUGGAGGGCCGCCUGCCAGAUGUGAUGCUGCCGGUUUGGUUCACCAACAGCAUUGACGUUGUCUCCACGUACGUCCAGGACCAGAGCGAGGACUGCCUGUAUGUCAACAUCUAUGUCCCCACUGAGGAUGGUCCCCUUACAAAGAAACACACUGAUGAUUUAGGUGAUAGUGACCGCACGGACGACGAAGACAUUAGGGAGAGUGGAAGCCCCAAGCCGGUGAUGGUUUUCAUCCACGGGGGCUCCUACAUGGAAGGAACAGGGAAUAUGUUUGACGGCAGCAUCCUGGCCAGCUAUGGAAAUGUGAUUGUCAUGACUGUCAACUACCGGCUGGGCGUCCUAGGGUUCCUGAGUACAGGUGACCAGGCAGCCAAGGGAAAUUACGGUUUGCUGGACCAGAUCCAGGCUCUGCGUUGGACCAGUGAAAACAUUGCAGCCUUCGGCGGCGACCCGUUACGUAUCACUGUGUUUGGCUCAGGCGCUGGAGCUUCCUGUGUCAACCUGCUCACUCUGUCUCACUACUCGGAGGGCAACCGCUGGAGCAACUCCACCAAAGGACUGUUCCAGAGGGCCAUCGCCAUGAGCGGCACGGCUCUGUCCAGUUGGGCGGUCAGCUUUCAGCCAGCCAAGUACGCCCGGAUGCUGGCCCGCAAGGUGGGCUGUAACCUGGAGGACACUGUAGAGCUUGUGAGCUGCCUGCAGAGAAAACAUUACAAAGAGCUGGUGGAUCAAGAUAUCCAGCCAGCUCGCUACCACAUCGCCUUUGGACCUGUUAUUGAUGGAGAUGUUAUACCUGAUGACCCGCAGAUACUCAUGGAGCAAGGUGAGUUCCUCAACUACGAUAUUAUGCUGGGAGUAAACCAGGGCGAGGGCCUUAAGUUUGUGGAGCUAAUAGUGGACAACGAAAACGGCGUUCAGGCAAACGACUUUGACUACGCCGUGUCCAGUUUUGUUGAUGACCUCUAUGGAUACCCAGAGGGUAAAGACAUUUUGCGAGAGACCAUCAAGUUCAUGUACACAGACUGGGCCGACAGGCACAACCCGGAGACCCGCAGGAAAACACUGCUGGCCCUUUUCACCGACCACCAGUGGGUGGCGCCAGCUGUUGCUACAGCUGACCUGCACUCCAGCUUUGGAUCACCAACAUACUUCUAUGCCUUCUAUCACCACUGUCAGACAGAACAGGUACCGCCGUGGGCAGACGCAGCACACGGAGAUGAGAUUCCGUAUGUAUUUGGCCUACCAAUGAUCGGACCAACAGAGCUGUUUCCCUGCAACUUCUCCAAGAACGACGUGAUGCUCAGCGCCGUGGUCAUGACCUACUGGACCAACUUCGCCAAAACAGGGGAUCCAAACCAGCCUGUCCCCCAGGACACCAAAUUCAUCCACACCAAGCCCAAUCGCUUUGAAGAGGUGGCAUGGACACGCUAUAACCAGAAAGACCAGCUUUACCUACACAUCGGCUUGAAGCCCCGCGUCAAAGAGCAUUACCGUGCCAACAAGGUCAAUUUGUGGUUGGAGCUGGUUCCUCAUCUGCACAGCCUCAAUGAGGUCACCCAACUCAUCCCCACCACCACGAAGAUCCCUCCACCGGAGUCUACCAACCGCCCCCCGAAGACCAAGGCUAUGGUGACCAAGCGCCCCAAUCCGACUCUGUUCCCAACCGAGAACCAGGACAGCCACAACCAGCCACACCUGGUGGACCAGCGUGAUUACUCCACCGAGCUGUCAGUGACCAUCGCUGUAGGAGCUUCCCUCCUCUUCCUCAACAUUCUCGCCUUCGCUGCGCUCUACUAUAAAAAGGACAAGCGCCGGCACGACGUCCACAGGCGCUGUAGCCCCCAGCGGAGCGCCGCCAAUGACCUGGCACACACCCAGGAGGAGGAGAUCAUGUCCCUGCAGAUGAAGCAGCACUCGGACCUGGACUGCAGGGGUGUGGGCGACUCCCUGCACCCGCACGACGUGGUGCUGAGGACUGCCUGUCCGCCGGACUACACUCUGGCCAUGAGGCGCUCGCCGGACGACAUCCCGCUCAUGACGCCAAAUACCAUAACCAUGAUCCCGAGCACCAUGGGGGGGCUCACCUCGCUCCAUUCUUUCAACACCUUCCCUAGCAGCGGGCAGAAUAACACCCUGCCCCAUCCGCACCCACACUCACAUUCCACCACUAGGGUAUAG